AUGGAAAUUCAUGGAGUUUGCAAGAAGCAAGUAAAAUCGAUAAGGUAUGACCCUAACUUGGCUCAAUCACGAAACAGAGCUGUGUUGGUUGACUCGGUGAACAAUCGAGUCAUGGCAUCAACUGAACUCACUAAUUUAUAUUUGUCAAACAAAAACAAAACAAAUGACAUAACUUUCUCUAUAAAGAAAGCAGGAAAGUUUGCUUUGUGGGAUCAUUGUGAUGGUGUGGUUUCUCUAUGUUCUCUGCUGGCUGGAUGGCUGGUGGCUGGCGGUGAAAGAGAAAAAAACUAUAGGGUUUUGUGGUUUUAUAAACAACUAGAUAGGGUAAGGUCCAAGAUAGCCGGGCCAAGCCCAGUAGAUAAAACUCUAUGGAAAACCACUUUUUCAGCAGCAGAGGCAGAUGUGAGUAUGGUAGAGGCAAGAGGCGAAUUGAAGAGAGAGCGUAGUCAAUUUCUGGUGAAUGAGAAUGAAACCGGGGAAUUAUUUCCGAACAAGAAACCAGCAAAACAAGAAGAAGCUUCAAACGACGACACGAAAUCUGAAGUUUCGAAUCCAUUAAUGUUAUUAGUUUCUCCUAAAGACAACGGAUCAUCCCGUGAUAUCUCCAGCCAACCAACUGAAGAAUCGCCUACCUGUUCAGAGGAGACUUUGACUGUGAGCCAGGAAGGAAAUGGUAGUAGCAGUGAAGAUAACAUCUCCCACCAAAGUCAUCGAAAAGAUACCUGUGCUUCUGUUUCUAUGUCUCCUGUUGUGUUGGAGAUUCCUAAGCAUGCUAGUACCACGGGGAUUAGGAAGAUUACUCUUAAGUUCAGUAAAAGAAAAGAGGAUUAUGAUACUGAAACUUCGGUGGCUCACUCUCUACAUAAUGGAAUUGAUCAAGGACUGUUGUAUUAUCAUAAUGACGAAUAUCAUCCAAGGAACCACUCUGUGUGGGUUGAUUCCUGCCCAGAAAUGCCUCAAGCUAGAGAAAGAUAUUUUUGUUCUUCUAAUAUGGAGUUGAACAUGUCUAAGAAGGUUGUUCCCAACAACUACCCUACAAAUGUCAAAACGUUGUUAGCAACAGGUAUUCUUGAUAGGGCUCGCGUCAAGUAUAUUUGUUUUUCUUCAGAGCUUUACGAAUCUCAUGUUGCUUUAAAUGAAAUGGUUUGCCAGCGAGAGCUUGAUGGAAUUAUAGAUGGUGGUGGAUACUUGUGUGGCUGUUCGUCAUGCAAUUUCUCCAAAGUAAUUUGUUCUCUUGCAGUUAACAUGAUUGAUGUGUGGGGGCCACCCCUUCCUUUUCAUGUAAUUUUGCUAACAAGGCUACUGAAUGAAUACAAGCAGGUCAUUAGUGCAUAUGAAUUUGAGCAGCAUGCUGGUGCUAAAACUAGACAUCCCAACAAUCACAUAUACUUGGAGAAUGGGAAGCCAAUUUAUAGUAUUAUUCAAGAACUAAAAAUGGCUCCACUCAGCAUCAUAGAUGAAGUCAUAAAAGAUGUGGCUGGUCCUUCCAUCAAUGAGGAGUUCUUCCAGGCUCUGAAAGAUUGUCCAAUUUCAAGCUCCUUUUUGUAUAAUAACGACUUUGUCAGUCAGCAAACAUACAUGGAGGCUUCAGGCGUGAAGAAACAAGCAUUGAAGAGACCUAGCUCUAACUUCCCUAGCUCUGUUACGAAACAAAAGAAAACAGCUGAGAGUGGUGUCAGGAAGAGGGAUAAUGAUCUUCACAGGUUACUCUUUUUGCCAAAUGGUCUUCCUGAUGGGACCGAAUUGGCAUACUAUGUCAAAGGGCAGAAAUUACUAGGGGGAUACAAGCAGGGUAAUGGUAUAGUCUGUAGUUGCUGUGAAGUAGAGAUAAGCCCUUCACAGUUUGAGUCUCAUGCUGGAAUGUCCGCCAGGCGUCAACCCUAUCGUCACAUUUAUACUUCUAAUGGACUGACCCUCCAUGACAUAGCUAUUUCGUUGGCAAAUGGGCAAAACAUUACCACAGGUAUUGGUGAUGAUAUGUGUGCAGAAUGUGGAGAUGGAGGGGAUCUAAUGUUUUGUCAGAGUUGCCCUCGUGCUUUUCAUGCAGCAUGUUUGGAUUUACAGGAUACUCCUGAAGGUGCUUGGCAUUGUCCAAAUUGCAAUAAAUUUGGGCAUGAAGGCAAUUUCGCAAGACCUAUUGUCAUCCGGCUGACUCGAGUUGUUAAAACUCCAGAAUAUGAUGUUGGCGGUUGUGUAGUUUGCAGGGCCCAUGAUUUUAGUGGUGAUACGUUUGAUGACCGAACAGUUAUCCUCUGUGACCAAUGUGAAAAGGAGUUUCAUGUUGGUUGCUUGCGGGAAAGUGGACAGUGUGAUCUAAAAGAAAUCCCCAAAGAUAAUUGGUUCUGCUGUCAAGAUUGCAAUAAGAUCUAUGCAGCUCUCCGGAAUUCUGUUUCUACUGGAGUGCAGAAAAUUCCUGCUUCGCUGUUAAAUAUCAUAAGUAGAAAGCAUGUCGAGAAAGGACUACUUGUUGACGAGGCUGCACAUGAAAUGCAGUGGCAAAUUCUGAUGGGAAAGAGUCGCAACCGAGAAGAUCUUUCAUUGCUUUCGAGGGCUGCUGCAAUUUUUCGAGAGUGUUUUGAUCCUAUUGUUGCAAAAACUGGCCGUGAUCUGAUUCCUGUUAUGGUCUAUGGGAGAAAUAUAUCUGGCCAGGAAUUUGGGGGAAUGUAUUGUGUGCUUUUGACUGUAAGGCAUGUUGUUGUAUCUGCUGGUCUUCUUAGGAUUUUCGGUAGGGAGGUUGCCGAGCUUCCUUUAGUGGCUACAAGCAGAGAACAUCAAGGGAAAGGUUACUUCCAAUCAUUAUUCUCUUGCAUCGAGAGGUUAUUGUGCUCCCUGAAUGUGGAACAACUGGUGCUACCAGCAGCUGAGGAAGCGGAGUCAAUCUGGACAAAAAGAUUUGGCUUCAGAAAGAUGAGUGAGGGACAAGACUUUUUGGGAUCAGGUGUUCAUUGUUUAGACAGAACUAUUGUUGCACGAACAGUAACAACUAUAAAACAUCUUUCUGUACAGUUGUUGAAGUAUACAAGGGAGUUUCAGCUAACGAUUUUCAAGGGAACAUCUAUGCUCGAGAAGGAAGUGCCUCGGAUAAUUGAGUAG